AUGCUUGAAAUAAGAGAUGUGGCCAAACAAAUUACUUCAAAAUUGACACAAAAAUUUACUUUGGUUGACCAAUCAUAAUUAAAUUUGGUUUUAGACUCAUUUGUAUUGGGAUUUUUGUAAGGUGGGAGUUUAGAAAAAAAUAUAUUUCAAUAGCAUUUAGAUAUCCUUGUGAGUUUGAAAGCAUUCAAAGAUUGUGAGAUCAUCAAUUAAUAAAGGCUAUAUAAGUUAUAUAGCGAUUCCUUGAAAGAAACUAAGAAUGUAAUGCUUAAAUAUUAGAUCUAGUUAUUAAUCUUCUACAAAGAAGUCUAAAAUGAAAUUUUUGAAAAAUUGGAAAAUAACUAGAAUGUAAUAUUUGAAUCUUAAUGGGAAAUAAUACAGAAACCAUCGGCUAAACCCCUAAAUAAUGUACAAUAAUAAACAGUUUUUGCAAUUUAUUAAAAGUUUCGAUAAGAGAAUGAAGAUCAAUAAAAAAGUCUUGAAUACACUAUAGAACAAAUAUAAGAUAAUUAUAGGCUGAAGAUGGAAUAACAGAAAUUAGAAAAUCAACUAAACUAUCAAGAGAUCGAAUGCAAAAUCUGCUUAUAAAAUAUUCCAUUUAUAGAGAUGGUGUUAUUGCAUUGUUCUCAUUAUUUUCAUCAGAGUUGUUUAAAAUUGCAUUGUAUUACUUAAUUAUAAUAAAAAUCAAUUCCAAUAUAGUGUCCUUCAGGAUGCAAAAAAAUUAUAAUUUUACGAGAUAUAGAAACAGUCUUAGAUAAACCUGAAUUACAGGAGUUUUAAAUUUUAUCUUUAAGGGCUUAUUUUAGUAGUAAAAAAGAAUAUUCAUGCUGCCCAACAGCUGAUUGCGCUUAUUUUUUUAUUCCAGAUGAUAAUCCACAUUUUGAUUGUCCUGUUUGCAACAAAUCGUAUUGCUUGGAAUGUAAAAUUGAAUAUCAUAAUGGAUUUUCAUGUUAGGAAUAUAGAGAUAAAUAGAUGACAUAAUCUAAUGAAGUCAAAUUCUAGAGCUUUGUUAAAGAAGCGAAUUAUAAGUAAUGUCCAAAAUGUAAAGUUUGGAUUGAAAAGAGUUAAGGUUGCGCUCAUAUGAAAUGUAAAUGCAAUUUUCAAUUUUGUUAUAAUUGUGGAGGGGAAUAUAAGAAAUGUAAAUGCAAAAAUAACACAAUUUUUUCAGCUAUCAUUAAUAUUUUUAGUGGAAAUAGCUGAAUGAAUGAUAUUAAUUAUAUUUAUAUCAAAGGCAUUUAGUAUCAUCUUCUAAAGAAACAAAA